CGCCAUAGUACCUGCCCUCCUCACAAAACAGGAACUACACCGGACAGGUUUGGUAACAUGAAAACACCAAGACCAUAGAAAAGGUUUGCUAGCAAACAGACUAUCCGCCGAGCUACAUCGCCAGGAGGGAAGCAAACGGCUGGUUGGAUUAAAGUCUAGCUGUCCGGAUCGGGAUUUGUCCACGGCUGAUUAGGUUGCGCAAGACGACAAGCAAGUCUGUUCACAACACCCUUUAACAUUUCACCAUGGGAUCCAGAGCGUCCACGUUACUCCGAGAAGAGGAAAUCGAAGAAAUUAAGAAAGAGACUGGCUUCUCCCACAGUCAAAUCACGCGUUUGUACAGCCGCUUCACCAGCCUUGAUAAAGGUGAAAACGGCACCCUCAGCCGAGAAGAUUUCCAGAGGAUCCCGGAGUUGGCCAUCAAUCCACUGGGCGACAGAAUCAUCAAUGCUUUCUUUCCUGAGGGAGAGGACCAGGUAAACUUCAGGGGCUUCAUGCGGACCUUGGCGCACUUCAGACCAAUCGAGGACAAUGAGAAGAACAAGAACGCCGCUGCCAGCGAGCCACUCAACAGCAGGACAAACAAGCUGCUCUUCGCUUUCCGUCUGUAUGACCUAGACAGAGAUGACAAAAUCUCCCGGGAUGAGCUGCUGCAGGUCUUACGGAUGAUGGUUGGUGUAAACAUUUCAGAUGAACAGCUUGGCAGCAUUGCUGAUAGGACCAUACAGGAGGCUGACACAAAUGGAGAUAACUCCAUUUCCUUCAAUGAAUUCAUCAAGGUCUUAGAGAAGGUGGAUGUGGAACAGAAAAUGAGCAUCCGGUUCCUGCACUAAGUUGCUUUAUUUUAUUUUGAUUAGAGCUCCAACAUGCUAGUUGAUGUCAGAACACAACCUCAUCCAGCUUCUCAUUAGGCUGCUGUGACCCACACUACAAGUACACGCUGUCAGACUAAGCAUUAGGUAGAUAAUGUCAUAGACUGCACUGCUCUGUAAACAAAGGGAAAAGUUGCGUGCCUUGGGUUGUUUUAUGCAAUGUCAUUAUGUAUUUUUCCCAGUAAUGGAACAUUAUUUAAUAGAAAACGUUUUUGGGGGGUCACAGUUAGUACCACUGCUGUUCCACUUUUCACAUGGAAAAAUUAUUUUAUAGCACGGUACGAUAAAGCUUUUUGCUAUUGCAGUGAGUAAGUUUAUUCUAAGUUUACUCAAUGCUGUUCCAUGGAUAUUUAGCACAUGCUGUCUUUGUCCAUAUAAAUAUGCAAUGGUUCAAAGUGAAACUUAAAAGAUGUGUGAUUCCACUUCAAAACAAACAGUGUUUUUAAUGCAAACUGGAUCUAAUGACUUUUCUUUGACUUGAGGUAGAACAAGUCAGAACAGCAAGCCAGGCAAGUUUGACCCUUAAAGCAAAGCAGGACCUGCUCCACAGACCUUUGUGUUUUACUCACUGAAGUGCCAUGACUUUGGUUCCCCUUUGUAAGUUAUUAUCUGAACAGUAAACAGGAACCUACUGUCAUGUUUGUGUGUGUGUUUUUUGUUGUUUUUUUUUUCCAUAUGGGUUAACCUAGCUACUGCCAAUAGAUUGUAAUUACCUGUUUCAAAUGUUGGAUUUCAACCAAAGUGAGACCCUCCUUUCAAAACCAGUAACCAAGCGGGGCCACUGCUGAUUUAACAUGAGAAUAAUGUGAUAUUUAAAGAACUUCUUAUUCAUUUACAACUAAAACUGUACUGGUAAGAAUGAAGAUUUCACACAAAAUGCUGCUCUUAGGCUAGUAUGUGUGUCUUCCCUAGUACUUGUUCUGAUAUGUAACCAUUGUGUCAUUUGCAAAAUGGUAUCGGUAUCCCAGUUGGACAGCCAACUGCCACCGUGGUCUGUUGUCAGGCCCUGUGGUGGAAAGUGGGCUGUGGACCAGUUAGUUUGUAGGCUUAAAACAGGUAAACUCAUGAGAAUGUGCUGUGCUUCUGUUUAUAUGACCAGUAUCCCUUUGGCUAAGAAGAAAUGGGUUCUCAUUUGUGCACUGCUCAACAUUUGUCUUGCAAUGUUUUUCCCCAUUGAUUCAUUCCAAAUGGUAAAGAGAAUUUAAAGCAUUAAAUAUAUUUUCUGUACAGGCUAGUGUACAUGAAUAUGAAUACAAAUGUCUGACCCUUUAAUUUUUAAUGUGAGUUUGUUAAAUCAUUACAAGAACACCCUUCAGCAGCUGAGUACAGAAACUUGACUUGUUGGUUUAGGUAUUAUCAAAGUGAUUCAUGAAUUUGAUUUGAAUAAAAUAAGUGCCAUGCUUG